UCUUUCUCACUCUCUCUCUCUCUCCGGCAAAGCCCUCAUGGAGAGGCUUAUCUCCUCCUCCGCGCUGCCCGCUCGGACCGCGCUUCUUAAGCCUCGCCCCAUCGCCGCCGUGAAGCGCGGCCUCUCUUUGGUCUCGCUCCGCUCGGGUUUAUCCCCCUUCCGCGCCGUUUCAUCUGGAGAAGAUGGCGGUCUUCGCUCUCCAGCAUUUCCUUGGUUCUUUUCUAUUCCUUUGUUGGAGACUAAGGCUCGGGAAGGCAAGGCGACAGCUGAAUCAGCGGAAAGGAGAGAUCUUGCUCGGUUUGUUACCAGAAAGGAUGCUUCUGCUGCUGUCACCAUCUUAUUAUCAGCAUUGGUUGUGGCUGUAAUUCUACCAAUUUUAGCGCCUGCAGCGUAUGCAGCAAUUCCAUUUGCUGCCAAGACAGGUGGUACCCUUUUUAAGUCUGAGUUGCUAAGCAGCGCAUGGACUGGUUUUUUUGCUGGUUGCCUACACACUCUGUCAGGCCCUGACCAUCUUGCUGCCUUGGCCCCACUAUCUAUUGGCCGCACAAGGGUAGAAAGUGCUGUUGUAGGAGCUCUAUGGGGCUGUGGCCAUGAUGCUGGUCAAAUGAUAUUCGGAUUGCUGUUUCUGCUUCUCAAGGAUCGUUUACAUAUUGAGAUUAUCCGAACCUGGGGAACUAGAGUUGUUGGUCUUACACUCCUGGUUAUUGGGGGUAUGGGAAUUAGGGAGGCUUCAGAGGUACCCGCUCCUUGUGUUGCUCUAGAAAAUGGAGAAUGUGAUGUUAGCCUCAUGGAAUCUAUAGAGACUCUUCCAAGUGGGAAGAAAAAAAUUGGCUUUGCAACUUUUGCAACUGGUAUUGUACAUGGCUUACAACCUGAUGCACUUAUGAUGGUUCUCCCUGCUCUUGCACUUCCAUCUCGUUUGGCUGGUGCAGCUUUCCUAGGUAUGUUUCUUGUUGGCACUGUGCUUGCAAUGGGGAGUUAUACAGUUUUUAUAGGUUCGUGUAGUCAGGCAUUGAAACAAAGGGUUCCUAGGAUUACAGAGAAAUUGACAUGGGCUGCUUCCCUUUUAGCAAUAACUAUGGGAGUUGCGAUUUUAGUUAGCCAGUUUUUGGGUUUUAGCCUUUAUUGAACCAACAUUUUUUUUCUCUCAUGUUUUCUUGGUGCUAGAGCUUUCUUUGAAAAGUUAGGAAUUUAUGUACAAUUGAAACUGUUUUAUUGUCCUUUACUUCUUGAUUGACUUUGCUUUGUUGUUCUAAAAAUUGCUAUUUAUAAUUUCAUUUUAUAGUUAGAAGGUA